UUGCCAUUAGUACGGAAAAUACUUUCAAACAUUAAACAACACGUUUGAUUUUUGAAUUAAAAAAGGAAACGUUUUUAAAACUUUGAAAACAAAUAAAGCGUUACAUUUUCAAUUAAAGUGUUGAAAACCUAAAAACAAUCACUUAAGAAGGUCAAUAGAUAUUAUAACACUAUGGAACGCUGGCGUGGUAAAGUAGCUGUUGUAACGGGUGCCAGUUCAGGCAUUGGUUGGGCUAUAACCCAACAUCUAUUAAAGGCCGAUAUGGUGGUUAUAGGUUUGGCACGCAAACUAAAACAUAUGGAAGACUUAAAAUCCGAAUUACCAACAGGACAACAGGAAAGAUUCUUUCCACGUGAAUGUGAUUUAACAUCAUUACCCUCCCUGCGUACAGCAUUUCAUUGGCUGGAACAAAGAUUUGCCCAACGUAUGCAUGUUUUAAUCAAUAAUGCGGGCAUGUGUGAAUUCUCACGGCUACUCGAUGCCGGCAAUGAUGAGGCCCUCAAACGUAUGAUCGAUGUUAAUCUAAUGGGUUCUAUAUACUGUACCAAAGAAGCCUAUAGGCUAAUGAAAAAGGCCAUGGCCUUUGGUGAGGAGUGUCAUGUGAUAAAUGUUAAUAGUCUGUUGGGUCAUAUGGUGCCCGAGCAUAUACCCCAGUGUGGUUUUAAUCUAUAUCCGGUUGCCAAGCAUGCCUUGAGGGCCACCAAUGAAGUGUUGCGCCGUGAAAUGUUUGAAGACAAACUAUUGCGCUUAUCGACCAUUAGUCCCGGUUUAACGGAAACCAAUUUCGGUGCUAAUAGCCCUAGACCAGAACAUUUAAGUAAUAUGCCCGAAUGUGCUGAAAUACUAAAACCCGAUGAUGUGGCCCGGGGUGUGACUUUCAUAUUGGGCUCCCCACUACAUGUUACCAUUGCCGAAUUGUUAAUGGUGCCAACGGCUGAAAAAUAUUAGUUUAAGAUUUUUUGCAGAAUUUUUUGUUUUUAAACAAGUUAUAAAAUACAUAUUUUCUAUUUAAUUCAAUAAAAUGUAAACGAAAUUUACAAGAU